CCUUGGAGGCGGAAGUGGCGCGGCCGCGGAGGGGCCUGGAGCACAGCGGCGGGACCUGGAGCAGGAGCGACGACUGCGGCUGGAGGUGGCGGUGGUGCACUGGAAACGGCCAUGGCAAAGCAGUACGACUCAGUGGAAUGCCCCUUUUGUGAUGAGGUUACCAAAUAUGAGAAGCUCGCCAAGAUUGGCCAAGGCACCUUUGGGGAGGUGUUUAAGGCCAAACAUCGCUUGACUGGCCAGAAGGUGGCUUUGAAGAAGGUGUUGAUGGAAAAUGAGAAAGAGGGGUUUCCCAUCACAGCCUUAAGGGAAAUCAAGAUUCUCCAACUUCUAAAGCAUGAGAAUGUGGUUAACUUGAUUGAGAUUUGUCGAACGAAAGCUUCCCCCUAUAACCGUUGUAAAGGCAGCAUAUACCUGGUGUUUGACUUUUGCGAGCAUGACCUUGCUGGACUGCUGAGUAAUGUCUUGGUCAAGUUCACACUGUCUGAAAUCAAGAAGGUCAUGCAGAUGCUGCUCAAUGGCCUAUACUACAUCCACAGGAACAAGAUCCUGCACAGGGACAUGAAAGCAGCUAAUGUGCUGAUCACUCGUGAUGGGGUCCUGAAGUUGGCAGACUUUGGGCUGGCCCGAGCCUUUAGCCUGGCCAAGAAUAGCCAGCCCAACCGCUAUACCAACCGUGUGGUGACCCUCUGGUACAGGCCCCCGGAACUGCUGCUUGGGGAGAGGGAUUAUGGCCCCCCCAUUGACCUUUGGGGUGCUGGAUGCAUCAUGGCGGAGAUGUGGACCCGCAGCCCAAUCAUGCAAGGCAACACCGAGCAGCACCAGCUUGCCCUCAUCAGCCAGCUCUGUGGCUCCAUUACCCCCGAGGUGUGGCCAAAUGUGGACAAAUAUGAACUAUUUGAGAAGGUGGAGCUGCCCAAAGGUCAGAAGCGAAAGGUGAAAGACAGGCUUAAGGCAUAUGUGCGAGACCCCUACGCACUGGACCUCAUUGACAAGUUGUUGGUGCUGGAUCCCUCACAGCGCAUCGAUAGUGAUGAUGCUCUCAACCACGACUUCUUCUGGUCCGACCCCAUGCCCUCAGACCUCAAGAGUAUGCUGUCCACACACCUGACGUCCAUGUUUGAGUACUUGGCACCCCCACGCCGGAAGGGCAGCCAGAUCACCCAGCAGUCUACCAACCAGAGCCGCAAUCCUGCCACUACCAACCAGACAGAGUUUGAGCGCGUCUUCUGA